AUUAAUCUGUGGUUUUACUCAGUCUUGUCUCAUCCUAUAUCCGCGAAGGGAAGGAUAAUUUUCAAGUUUUAUUAACAAUAUUCUUGAAAGUUUAAACAUGAAUAUUCCAUUCCCAAUACUUUAUCCGCGUCUUGUGGACCCUACUUGGUUCAACGCUGACAGCCCUUGUGACGAAGAUGCAGAGCUUACCAGUAUGGAACAAGCUCAUCAGCAAUGGCUGAACUCCAUUGGCCAGCAAUAUAUGAAACGCCCACCACUGGGAAAGCCUGAUCCUGAACCAAUGGAAGAAGAAGCAGAGUCUGAUGAGGAAGAAGGUAAUGACGAGUCUGAUGAGUCAGAGGAGUCCCAUGAUGAAGACGAGGAGGAGGAACUGCGCACAUACACUCCUCCAAGGAACAACAAUGAGGCUGACCAGGAGUUUGAGGGGAAUGAAGCUCCAGAUCCCAGCACUCAAGACCAAAGUGCAAUCUGGCCUCAAGGCCGACCUCAGCCCUUGAAUUAGGGAUACAGUUUCAUCAUAGGCCUUGCCUAUAGUAGAUCUCUUCCUACGAGUGACUUAAGUUUGACCUAAGUUAAUCAAUUUACUAUGAGUUUCUUGUUAUAUGGGUUGAGUUGUUUCAUCUUAGACAACUAUGAUUCGCAAGUUAUAUUGUAACUUGGGCACACUUAAAUACAGAGAAAUUGGUUUGUUUGGUCGACAGUCAGGCAAUUGAUGAUUCCCCAAGAGCCGGCAAUGAUAGUUUCAUCCAAAUUAAGUUAUCAGAAGUGCAUCCUUGCCUUCUGUUUUGGCGCUGAAUGUUCUAAUUUUUAUGAAUUUUGUACCAAUUUACAGCAGCUUUU